GAGAAACUGAUCCUAGUGAGUGAAAUGUGUAAUAGUCACUCCAAAGGGAAAGGCGGCAGUAUUGCAAAAAGUACCGGCGAACAUAAAACGUCAUCGGCGUGCGACAGGAAACUGUCACAGAAAACACGAUGGCAGAAUCUAGAACUGAGAAAGUAAUUAAGCUUGUACCUGAGAAUCUUCUCAAGAAACGGAAGGCGUACCAGGCUAUCAAAGCAACUCAAGCCAAACUUGCGUUACAACAGAAAAGAAAAGUCCAAAAAGGAGGUCCUCUUAAGUUCAAGCGCUUGGAGGAUUUUUUGAAAAACAGUAGGAGGAAGCAUCGAGAUGAGACACGACUCAACAGACUCAAACAAAGACCUCCGCCGCCCAUGCCGCCAGCGAAGCACGGUCUCGUGUUUGCUGUCCGCAUCAAAGAGAUCAAAGGUGUAAGCCCCAAAGUGAUGAAGGUCAUUCAGAUGCUGAGGUUGAGAAAGAUCUUCAGUGGCACCUUUGUGAAAGUCAACAAGACUUCUAUACAAAUGCUUAAGACUGUAGAACCUUACGUUGCUUGGGGGUAUCCCAACUUGAAAUCUGUCCGUGAGCUCAUAUUAAAAAGAGGCCAGACAAGGAUUAAUAAGAGAAAGACUCCUCUGACUGACAAUACACUCAUAGAGCAGCAUCUUGGACAAUACGGGAUCAUCUGUUUGGAGGACCUUAUACAUGAGAUCUAUUCUGCCGGAAAGAACUUCAGGGUGGCAAACAACUUCCUUUUGCCGUUCCAUUUGUCAGUACCAAGACAUGCUGCUAGAGAUAAAGUUGGAUUAAUGAAAGAUGUUGGAGACCCUGGACCCAGAGCUGAGGACAUAAAUAGAGUCAUCAGGAAACUCAACUGAGCUAAUGGACACUCAUGGACUGUUGUUUUGUUGCCUUCGUCCAGAUUGUACCAAAAAAGGACACAUGUAAACAAUCUGACUGUAAAAUUUAUUGUGCAUUAUUUUUAUUAAACAAUUCAAAGUUU